AACUGUCCUCGUUGUUUGUGUGUUUUGGGGUGGAUGGGUGGGAGGUUGUUGUCCUCGUGGAGUACGUGUAGACCUGUGUCAAUAACGUCGGUGUUUUUUGUGUGGUUUGCUUUUUUGUCGGGUUGCAUUAUAACGAGGAUUGUUUGGGACGUAAGAGAAAAACAAUACCAGAAUACAACGCGUCACAAUGUCUCUUUUUACAUUUUUUUUUCUUCCUUUUGUCUGAUACAAAUCAAUGCAGGGGUGGCAGCGGCAGCAAUGGAAACUCCCUUACGUGAAAAUAUUUGACCGUUCAGAUAUCCAUCCCUUCCACUGCUGCGGUCACCACAUAGAUUCUUUGGCUUAAUUCCUUCCACUCUUUUGCCUAUCUUCCCGUGUUGAGCGACUGCCGGUGUGUGUCUCUUGUAUUGCGUGCUCCGUGCUUACUGUCUCCCCCUCCACUCAACUCCAACCACCCCUCCAUCACGUGAUUCAACCUCUCCAUGUAGGUGGCUGAACGUCGCACCUUUUUUUCUCUCUCUCACUCAAACACACACACACAUUUUUACACGCUGAAACUCAGAGUUAUCAUGUAUGACAUUGCUGCAGUCCGGCUGUAGAUGUGUCACUGGACCACAACCACAAUUCUUGAAACCUUCGGUGUCUUUAUUUGUUGUUUGUCCGUGGGCACCGCACAUGGAAGGAGUCGCAUUUUUAAGGCUUUAGAAGGAAUUUUUGGAGGUGCUGAUUAACAGAUUGUACAACUCCAUGUGUGACCUACAAUAAAUGAGAUGAAAGUUGUUUCAGAUAUGAAGUUAAUGUACGUACUUCUCAGAAUGUCUUUUUUAUUUUUUAUUUUUUUUUUUUGGACGAAUUCCCUAUUCUUUGAAUUUGUGGAUUAUUUUGUCAUCAUCAGAAUGAGCUAAAGUGGUGCCAGCCAUGUCCACAACCAACUUUAAUAUAGCUUGUUGCUGGCGCGGCGUAAAAACAAUGACAAACCACCUUUUUGUUUUGAAAUCCACUUUGAAUCUGUACAGCCUUAUAUACCAGCUGUCAGUAGGUUUGAUGACCGAGCAUUGUUGAGGGUCUUGCUGUGUUUCACUGACCCUAGACGUCACCGGCCGAUCUAGUUGAAGAUACUAAACGCUGAUGAUGACUAAUGGCGAGCUUGUCCGCAUUGUAACAGCUGAUCAAACCGUAGAUUGCGACAGACGAGAAUAGUUAUUAACUCUGCCAGAGGUCGCGUUCCACACGCCAGACGGCGCUGCAAUGCUGCCGGUGCGCAGUCAUCAUCGCUGAUGCCGUGACGACGAUGACUGAAUUUGAUCUCCACAGAACUUGUGACAGGUGAGUCUUCGAACAUGUUUUCUUUUUUUUUCUUCUUCUUCCUUGCUCUGUAUCGAUCAUAUUCGUGAUGACAUUUAUCUAUUUUUAUUUCUUUAUUUAUGUUUUUAUUUAUUAUUUUUCUUAAUCAGACAGUUGUCUCGUUAUCGUUCUUGUAAGUGAAGAGCGACUGUUGGGUGUUACACCUUGUCAGCCUGGAAGACUGCCACGAUGAUGGAGAAACAGUAGACCUGUCCCCAAACCAGAAGAUUGCAGUGAUAACGGAAACCGGCAUCCAGGCGUGGUCCCCAGUCUAAAUAGCGGAACAGCGGGUCCGCGAGGCGAGCUCACGCCGCGGGACGGCAGGCCGAGACUACAGCGAGACUACAGCGAGAACCGUGUAUCCGCGUGUCGUCAGCUGCCUGUCGUCUGCUGUGGCGAGUGGCUGGGAGGGCUCUGUCUCCAGUUGGUCACUCUCAUCAGCGCUGCCGACGCUCCUGUUGAUCUGCAGGCAUCCGGAGCAGAUGUCAGGGCGGAGUUCGGGAGGCAGGCAAGGAAAAGGGGGGUCUUGUGGCGAAGUACGUCACUGGUGAUCGUGCCGCCAUCUAGCGCCGCGCAAAGCAUCGGAAAAAAGUAAGAAUAUGGUAGUUGCUGCUGCUGCAGAAGAAUGUCGACUUCGAUAACUGUGAUGACGCUGGCGUGUUGUGCCUCAGUCUCCUGGGAUUUCGCAAGGGGAGCUAACUGAUGGAAGCUAGUAAACAGCUGUUCGUCUCGACCAGACAUGAGAGGCGCCACAGUGCGUGAUCCGUCACGGCCAUUUGAUUAGCUGGAACGGUUACCCAGGAGGCGAACGUAAGAACAUCGGCGCCGAUCUCGUCAACUUUAACCUUCUGCCAUUGUCCACGGUGCAGUCAGGACGACCUCAUGUCUCGGUCGCAAGCUGCUUUUGAUGAUUGUGUGGCCCGUUGGUCCAACCGCAAAAAGUUUCGUGCAGGAAUUAGGAAAUACAAACAAACCUGGGCUGUCAGAUAAGGCUCGCCUAUUGGGAGCAUUCAAAAUAUUUCUGUGGAGUGUCUGGGCUGACUGACUGGCUGGAAAAUGCCCACGACAAGCAAUUUUUGAGUAUUUCGUGAUCUCUCGUGAUCAAACCUCGUCUCAAGAACGGUUAUCUGACGGUGGGCCUCGGCGCGCAGCUACACGGAGGAAAAUCAUAAGUUGAAAGCACAUCUCUAUGGAAUGGCUGUCAAAUAAAUGUUGGAAUCGCCCACAGACGGGCUUUUACUAAGAGUUUGUUAUUUAUUUUAGAGAAAAGGCUUAAAGUUUCGGAGUCUUAGCAAUGGCGUUUGGCAGCGAUGAGAGUGUCAGCUCUAUAUGUCAGUAUGUGGCAUGACAAAGGAUUCCCAAAGAACUGUCGUGUGUAGACGGUUAAAGACGCCUGCGACUCAUUGAGUUUCUUCGUCGGCUGUAAAAUGACGUUAUCAUCCGAAGACACCGUCGUCCAUCGUUCCUGGGGCUGUUAUCGCCCCUCAAAGUCUAGUUUCACGACAGAGGCUAGUCAUUACAUCAGACAUAUGGUUUUGAUCCGUACCAGCGAAUGGUGCGAGGUUGAUUAUGCUUCAAAGGAGGAAAUGGCUCCUCUUCAAGGGGGAGAAUUUUUGAACGGGUCGUAAUCCGGGGUGUCGGAGAAGGGAGUCAUCGAGUGUCAAGGCAUUUAACUGUAGUCACUUCCACCUGCGAGGGGAGGGGGAAAUCCAGGUGCCGAUCAAGCGCGGGGCCUUUGAAGUAUGCGGUGAUGGAGAGCAUAGGCAUUGCCUUACCGUGGAACGACACCAACGUCGACAACCCGGACCUGCUGGCAAAGCUUCUGGCUGGCCAAGAGCUUGGGCAGAUGGACCGCCUAUACGAGCACAAGUUGAUGUACUACCUGAUGGGUAUCGGCGGCGUCAGCGUCUGCUGCCUGGGACUGGUAGCCAAUGGGCUGUCGGUGGCCGUUCUGACCCGCCGCUCAAUGCGCUCAUCCACAUACACUUACUUAUCGGCCCUGGCCGUGUGCGACACUCUGGUGCUGGUCUUCACUGCCCUUCUCAUUCUUAAGGACACCAAGUCGGACAGCAGCUCCAAGAGCCUGGACCACAUCUACAGCAUCAUCUUUCCGUACGUGCAUCCGACGGCCAUCAUCUUCCAGGUGACGUCCAUCUGGCUGACGCUUGCCUUCACCGUCGACCGCUACAUCAUGAUCUGCCAUCCGUUCCGCGCGGAGAGCAUGUGCCGGCGGAGUCGCGCUCGGCGGGUGGUGCUGGGACUUUACGUGGGUGGGGUUGUGUUUAGCAUCCCUAAGUUUCUUGAGUACUACACCCAGAAGCACGAGUUCGUCAUGAUGAACUCCACAGAAAUCGUGUACGGCAUCGAGGUGACGGACAUUGGCAAGAACGAGGUCUUCCGCGAGAUCGUGCACUCCUGGAUGUACCUGAUCUGCGUGUGCGGCCUGCCCUUCCUGACGCUGGUCGUGCUUAACGCCUUCCUUAUCUACGCCGUGCGCAUGUCCCGCCGCAAGGGGAAGGAGUUGAACGCCCGCGAGAAGCACCGCAACGACACCACGGUGAUGCUCAUCGGCGUCAUCGUCCUCUUCCUUAUCUGCCAGGGCCCGGCUCUGGUCUCGCGCAUGAUUUACGCCUUCAAGCCUGUCUCGCACAUCACCAAGGUGGACGUCACGCUCAACGAGGUGGCCAACUUCCUCGUCAUCCUCAACUCCGCCAUCAACAUAGUCCCUUACUACUUUUUCGGCCGCAAGUUCCGCAAGGAGUUCUGGCUGCUCUUCUGCGCAUGCCUCUUCGACAAAGACGAGCUGAGGCGCAUGACACGCAGCUUCAGCCUCUCCGUCGACCCGCAGCGCCGCCUGAGCGCCGGCAGCAACGCGGAGGCCAACGGCCACCCUCCGCUGUCCAGCAGCCAGACGAUGGGGGUUCACAGCGCCCCUGAUACGCCCCUCAUCCGCCGAGGUGGCGGCAGCCCGCGCAACGACAUGGGGUCACUGGACAGGAGUAUAUCCAUAUCUAGUCAGUACCUCGCUCCCAGCCCCUGGCCCAGCGCCACCAAGACCAUGUCCUACAAGAUCUGCAUCACGCGCAGCCAGAGCAAGGAACAGACUGGGGUGUGAUUGGACGAGGGAGUGUGUACUCACCCAUAUCCCUUAGUGAGAAAUGGCUGAAUGUGCAAAACCCACGACCGUGUGUGUCAGCUUUUUUGUCAUUAAUGUGUAAAUUAAUUUCACCCCCUACCCCCUGUGUUCAUUGUACAACUGUUGCCCAUUUCGCUCCUGGAUUGUGCCUUCUGCAAGUCGCUCCAAAGCAUCUCUUCGUGACGCUUCGCUAUAUUCUACGAUCGUUCGCAAUGUUUUUAGACCACGAGAGCAAGCUCUAGCCACAAGAAACAUUUUCCCCCUGCAUGUGACAGAUUUAUACCUUGUCGACGGGCACAGACUCCCAACAUGCAAGGGCACGUCCCGGACUCAGAACAUUUUUUCAAGCACGUUUAUGUGUUUAGUCCACUGCAUAAUCUACCAGCGUUUCUGUUACAUAGCAAAGCUUGUCGUGGGCAAAACCAUCUACUCAACAUUUACACAAAGAGAGAGAGAAUGCUGGCUCUUUUUUUUUUUUUUUUUUUUUUGGAUCGUUUAAAUGUGUGUCCAUAUUUUCCGAUGAACGGGCUCAGGGACAUAUGUGAAGGAAAUAUUCUGUGCUCCAUGCUUUGGACUUCUUGGCGUUUGACAAAGAUGUCUACUAGUCUCCACUGACCACCUAUAUUGUUCUUCUCUUUGUUUCAAGAGAUCCUGAAGUAAUUUCGUGAACAUGACCAAAAGGCGGUCCGUUAAAUUUCAGGACUUAAGGAAUCUCUUCAACGCAUUGAAUGCUGCUGUGGUUUGGCAACAUCAUGGGAACCCCAAACGACUUGUGUGUGUGUGUUCAGCCGCGAGAAAGCCAGGAUGCUUAAAGUGGCGGAUGUUAAUAAUCCCACCCCAAAACCUAGAAAUACGCAAUAUAACCUUGCUUACUGCUGGUGUCAAUGUGUUUUGACCUUUUCUUGUUGCACCUUUUGAAAUUUUACCUUAAGAGUAGCACUUGUUACUCUCAGAUGCUCGUAGAGCAACGGUGUACCCGAUGGAAGUGAAAUGCCUCCACGGACACGAGUUUGGAAUUGUACUUCAAUUCUUGUUGUCACAACGACAUGCGUUCAGCACCAUAACAAUCUUGAGUGUAGUACUAGCUGAUGAGGUAUCUUAACAUGACAUUCAUUACCUUCUUCCUCCUCCUUGACCUGGCAAGUGCGUAACGACUGUUUCAUUGUCCCCUUUGUGUUGCACUACGAGUCCAUGAUUUCGUAGCCCAGACCACAACACAAAAAAGGAAUUUUUUUUAAAAUAAAACAAACUCCGCAACAAACUUCUCUGUGAAAGACUUAGAUUUGUGCCAUGGUGUUUGACUGCUAUGAAUUGUCUGAAUAAGACCAGAUACAGUAGAGCUUUAUUUUGAGAUGAGGAAUGAAAGAAAAAAAAACCGGAAUGGCCAGUACCUUGUCUCACGUACCCAUUGGCUAUUCUUGACCGCUUGACCGUGGAUGCUUUUGUUGACCCGCCUCAUCCCUCUGUCUCAGUAUUUUGACCCUCAUCAUUUGCUGAUUCGGUUGUCCGUUUUAUUCCACAGUCAAACAAUUCCUAUUUGAGGUGAGAAUAGUGAGAAAGUGAUAUUGUGAAAGAACUUUUUUUUAAAUUGAAGACGUUAUGUUGUUUGGUUGUUUGUCGGGAUAUAUAAUCAUGUCUCAUUUUCCGAACAUACACAAAACGUACCAGUUAAAGAGCAUUGUCAAGUUUGUGCAGUAUUGCAGUGAUAAUAAAAAUGCUGUUGUUGCAAAUGUGGGGUUUUUGUUUGUUUGUUUGUUUGUUGUUUUUGUUUGUUUUUUUUUUUGUUUUUGGUUUUUUUGGGGGUUUUUUUUUUUGUUUGUUUGUUUUGUUUUGUUUUUUUAAUCCCAGUGAGGCUGACCCUAGGCUGCAGACUAGUUCUUCAUUGUCACAAUUUAAGUGUUUACGUCUUUUUUCCGAGUUUGUAAUUUGCAUCAACUCUGAAGUGGUCCAGUGUGAUGAUAACCGACUUCGAGGCUAAUUAAGUCGGAGGUAGUUGUAAGGGUAGGCACUGUUUAAUGACCGUGUUUAAAAACGCAGUAUGGGGGCUUUUUGGGGUCUGACGGUAAGGUGGCAUCAGACCUUGUCAUAUAAGCCUGCGUUUUAUUGUCUACCUCAGUUUCGUUUGAGGCCGUCUGGACAAAAGUUUAUUAUGUACAUUAAUCUCUCUACCGAAGCGUUGAUGUCCGCGUCGUCCUACAUAAAAGUAUGAACAUACUUUGAUCUUCGAAAUAUUGAUCUCUCUUUUACGAGCCGAUAACCCCCUGUAGUAAGGAGAUAAUUACCUACAUUAUGACUGCUCUUUGUACCGGUCCUACACGCAUCUACACUGAGCUAAUGAGCUGAGUCG